AUGUUCUUCAACAUCACUGCUGACGUCGAGCCUUUGGGCAGCAUCUCCUUCAAGCUGUUUGCAGACAAAGUUCCAAAGACAGCAAAAAACUUUUGUGCUCUGAGCACUGGGGAGAAAGGAUGUGGUUAUAAAGGCUCCUGCUUUCACAGAAUUAUUUCGGGAUUUACGUGCCAGGGUGGUGACUUCACACACCACAACAGCACAGGUGGCAAGUCCAUCUAUGGGGAGAAAUUUGAUGAUGAGAAUUUUGUCCUGAAGCACACAGGUCCUGGCAUCUUGUUCAUGGCAAAUGCUGGACCCAACACAAAUGGUUCCCAGGUUUUCAUCUGCACUUCCAAGACCGAGUGGCUGAACAGCAAGCAUGUGGUGUUCGGCCAGGUGAAAGAUGGCAUGGGUAUCUUUCACCUGGUGGUAACUCGUGGACCCAUAGUGUUCCACAAAUGGCAACACCAGUAA